CUCGCUCAGUGCUGGUUCCACGUCCCAAGCCGCGGCCUCGGGCCCGGAGACAGGCAGCCCCGCGGCCGCCGCGCACGCGCCCUCGUCUCGCGCGCACAGCUGUCCCCACGCGCGCGCCUCGCGCACGGACGCACGUUCGUUUCCCCUUGGGCGCUCGGCUCUCGGCGGCUGCGGCGGCGGCGGCCAGACCUCGCGGGGCAGCACCGGAGCGGCCGCCGCGGGCUGGAGGGCCGACCAUGGAGGCGGACGGCGCCGGCGAGCAGAUGAGACCGCUCCUCACCCGGGUAACGAGCGGGGGUCCUGAUGAAGAAGCUGUUGUGGAUCUUGGCAAAACCAGCUCAACUGUGAACACCAAGUUUGAAAAAGAAGAACUGGAAAGUCAUCGAGCUGUGUAUAUUGGCGUUCAUGUCCCGUUCGGUAAAGAGGGUCGCCGGCGUCACAGGCACCGGGGACACAGACAUCACCACCGGAGAAGGAGAGACAAGGACUCGGAUAGAGAAGACGGAAGGGAGUCUCCUUCUUAUGACACACCCUCCCAGAGAGUCCAGUUCAUCCUGGGUACCGAGGAUGACGAUGAAGAGCAUAUCCCGCACGACCUGUUCACGGAGAUGGACGAGCUGUGCUAUAGAGACGGAGAGGAAUAUGAAUGGAAAGAAACUGCUCGAUGGCUGAAAUUUGAAGAGGACGUUGAAGACGGUGGGGACCGGUGGAGUAAGCCUUACGUGGCGACCCUGUCUUUGCACAGCCUCUUUGAACUGAGAAGCUGCAUCCUAAAUGGAACAGUCAUGCUGGACAUGAGAGCAAGCACCCUAGAUGAAAUCGCAGACAUGGUACUGGACAACAUGAUCGCCUCGGGCCAGCUGGAUGAAUCCAUAAGAGAGAAUGUCAGAGAAGCCCUUCUGAAGAGACAUCACCAUCAGAACGAGAAAAGAUUCACUAGUCGGAUUCCCCUUGUUCGAUCUUUUGCAGACAUAGGCAAGAAACAUUCUGACCCUCACUUGCUUGAAAGGAAUGGGGAAGGCCUCUCGGCCUCCCGCCACUCUUUGCGAACAGGUCUGUCCGCCUCCAGCCUUUCCCUGCGAGGAGACUCGCCUUUGUCUCUUCUUCUCAGUCAUCUUCUUCCUCCUUCGCGAGCUGGAACCCCCGCGGGCUCGAGGUGCGCAAGCCCCGUACCCACCCCUCAGAGCAGCCCUCCGUCCAGCCCCAGCGCCGGCCGCCUGGACUCCAGGAGCUGCCGGCACAGUCAGCUGCAGGUGCUGGUGUCCCCUGCCGCUGCCGGGGUGCCCACCGUAGUCAUCCACCCACCCGAGGAAGACUUAGAAGCACUGAGAGGCCAGGAGCAGAAGGAUGAGGAAAAUGCUGACGUGACUUCAGGUCUUUUGGCCUCUCCGCAGUCUGCCCCUGGGAACUUGGACAAUAGUAAAAGUGGAGAAAUGAAAGGUAAUGGAAGUGGAGGAAGCAGAGAAAAUAGUACUGUUGACUUCAGCAAGGUUGACAUGAAUUUCAUGAGAAAAAUUCCUUCGGGAGCCGAGGCCUCCAAUGUUCUGGUGGGAGAGGUGGAUUUUUUGGAAAGACCUAUAAUUGCGUUUGUGAGGCUGGCUCCCGCCGUGCUCCUCUCAGGGCUGACCGAGGUCCCUGUCCCCACCAGGUUUUUGUUUCUGUUAUUGGGUCCAGCAGGCAAGGCGCCCCAGUACCACGAAAUUGGAAGAUCAAUAGCCACCCUCAUGACGGAUGAGAUUUUUCAUGAUGUAGCUUAUAAAGCAAAAGACAGAAAUGACCUCCUAUCUGGAAUUGAUGAAUUUUUAGAUCAAGUAACCGUCCUGCCUCCAGGGGAGUGGGACCCUUCCAUACGCAUAGAGCCGCCGAAAAGUGUUCCUUCUCAGGAAAAGAGAAAGAUUCCUGUAUUUCCCAAUGGAUCUGCGCCCAGCUCGGGUGAGACCCCUAAGGAGGCCGCCCACCACGCUGGGCCUGAGCUACAGAGGACUGGACGGCUUUUUGGUGGUUUGAUACUUGACAUCAAAAGGAAAGCACCUUUUUUCUUGAGUGACUUCAAGGAUGCAUUAAGUCUGCAGUGCCUGGCCUCGAUUCUUUUCCUAUACUGUGCCUGUAUGUCUCCUGUAAUCACUUUUGGAGGGCUGCUUGGAGAAGCUACAGAAGGCAGAAUAAGUGCAAUAGAGUCUCUUUUUGGAGCAUCGUUAACUGGGAUUGCCUAUUCGCUGUUUGCUGGGCAACCUCUAACAAUAUUGGGGAGCACAGGUCCUGUUUUAGUGUUUGAAAAAAUUUUAUUUAAGUUCUGCAGAGAUUAUCACCUUUCCUAUCUGUCCCUGAGAACCAGUAUCGGUCUGUGGACUUCUUUCCUGUGCAUCGUUUUGGUUGCGACAGAUGCGAGCAGCCUUGUGUGUUACAUCACCCGCUUCACAGAGGAGGCGUUCGCAGCCCUCAUUUGCAUCAUAUUCAUCUACGAGGCUUUAGAGAAGCUCUUUCAUUUAGGAGAAAUAUAUGCAUUUAAUAUGAACAACAAUUUAGAUGAACUGACCAGCUACUCAUGUGUCUGUGUGGAGCCUUCUAACCCUGGCAAUGAAACUCUGAAGGUGUGGGAGGAGAGGAACAUCACGGCACGCGACAUUCCCUGGGGGAACCUCACCGUCUCUGAGUGUAAAACCUUUCACGGUACAUUCGUAGGGUCAGCUUGCAGUCUCCACGGACCUUAUAUUCCAGACGUGCUGUUCUGGUGUGUCAUCUUAUUUUUCACAACAUUUUUUCUGUCUUCAUUCCUCAAGCAAUUUAAGACCAAGCGCUAUUUUCCUACCAAGGUGCGAUCGACAAUCAGUGACUUUGCUGUGUUUCUCACCAUAGUCAUCAUGGUUGCAAUUGACUACCUUGUAGGAGUUCCAUCUCCUAAACUUCAUGUUCCAGAGAAAUUCGAGCCUACUGAUCCCAAUAGGGGCUGGAUCAUAAGCCCGUUGGGAGAGAACCCUUGGUGGACCUUGUUAAUAGCUGCUAUUCCCGCCCUGCUUUGUACCAUUCUCAUCUUUAUGGAUCAGCAAAUCACAGCUGUAAUCAUCAACAGAAAGGAGCACAAAUUGAAGAAAGGAGCCGGCUACCACCUUGAUUUGCUCAUGGUUGGCGUGAUGCUGGGAGUGUGCUCUGUCAUGGGACUUCCGUGGUUUGUGGCUGCAACGGUCUUGUCGAUAAGUCACGUCAACAGCUUAAAAGUUGAAUCUGAAUGUUCUGCUCCAGGGGAACAACCCAAGUUUUUGGGGAUUCGCGAGCAGCGGGUUACAGGGCUGAUGAUUUUUAUUCUAAUGGGCCUGUCUGUGUUCAUGACUUCAGUACUCAAGUUUAUUCCAAUGCCUGUUCUGUACGGCGUUUUCCUUUAUAUGGGCGUUUCCUCAUUAAAAGGAAUCCAGUUUUUUGACCGUAUAAAACUGUUUGGGAUGCCUGCUAAGCACCAGCCCGAUUUGAUAUACCUCCGCUACGUGCCUCUGUGGAAGGUCCACGUCUUCACAGUCAUGCAGCUCACCUGCCUGGUCCUCCUGUGGGUGAUAAAGGCUUCAGCUGCCGCAGUGGUUUUUCCUAUGAUGGUUCUUGCACUAGUCUUUGUACGCAAACUCAUGGAUCUGUGUUUCACAAAGAGAGAACUUAGUUGGCUUGAUGAUCUCAUGCCAGAAAGUAAGAAAAAGAAAGAAGACGACAAAAAGAAAAAAGAGAAAGAGGAAGCUGAGCGAAUGCUUCAAGUUGGAGAGGAAACUGUGCACCUUCCAUUUGAAGGGGGAAGCCUCUUGCAGAUUCCAGUAAAGGCCCUAAAAUAUAGUGUUGAUCCCUCAGUUGUUAACAUAUCAGAUGAAAUGGCCAAAACUGCCCAGUGGAAGGCCCUGUCCAUGAAUACUGAGAAUGCCAAAGUAACCAGAGCUAACACGAGCCCCGAAAAACCUCUAAGUGUGAAAAUCAGUUUUGAAGAUGAACCAACAAAGAAAUACAUGGAUGCGGAAACUUCAUUAUAGAAUUGAACCAAGAGGAAGUAUAUAGAGAGAUACAGAGAGAGCUAUAUAUACACAGAUGCGUGUGUGUUAUAUAAUGUGUGUAUUUCACGUCAUUGUAUAUAGAACAAUAUUGUGUGUCAUGCUGCUGAUGCGUGACUGCUGGGCUUUUUGAAGUAGUGUGUGAAGUUUCUUAGGCGCACCCUGGGGACCGUGUAUAUAAUGAAAUGGUCUCUUGGAAGUGAGGUACAUGGUUCUUACUACUCAAAUAUUUAUCCUGUUGGAAAAUUUUCGUUUCUGUUCUGUAAUAGAAAAAUUUGUGGGAAGGGCAUUCAGUCUACUUUUCUUUAAAGUCUGUUUAUCACUGACAGUUCCUACCAACCUUAAGCGAUACAUAUUUUGUCCAGAAGUCUAAAAUUUUUCGUUGUGUUACUAGAAAUUUUCCCAUGUUACUUCCCUUGUGCGAGUGCUUUAUGGGAAGGACGGGGAGUCUCCGGGAGUGCUGGGGCGUGCAUCCCGGCGUGUUGUGGCUGCUUUGUGUGUAUUUUGCUGUGUACACGUCCAUGGUGUUUCACAAGCAAGGGGAACUUUUCAGCCAUAGUGGUAGAACAGUGGAAACUUCCUAGAAAAGAACUGUAAUUGUGACUUUUAUAAAAGUUUUUAAAAUUAAUUUUAAAUCUUAAAACCUCCACAUCUAGGUUUCCAUUCUGAUAGACAAGCAAAAUUGCAGGUGGUUUUUUUCUUUUAAUGUAACCAUCAUACCAGUCAUUGCUUUGUGAAUUUUAGAAGCUAUAAAAUACCAAUUUAGAGCAGUUAAAUUUUGUUGCCUUUGUAGAAAUGCUUUUCUGAGUUCCAAUGCUUUAUUAGAGCCCCGAAUGCCCGCUCUGUUCCCUGCCUUUGCUGUCUUUUACUUAAAAUGUGGUUUCCUUCAUAUCAGGUUCAAGUUUUUGAUUAUUUUUCUAUUAUAAGUAGUAUGAUUUAAGUAAUCAGGAGUCAGAUUUCUCUUAAGUGGGUUUAUGAUCAGUAUUAACUUUAUUAAGAAUUACUUUUCAUUUCUGUGUAUGUUGUUCCUUCUGUUGUAUAGAUAUUUAAUAGAUUGUUAUCUGUGAUUUCAUUUUAAAAUAUUUUAUUUAUUUUAACUGAUAUGACGCUUAAAUAUUCUACAUUUGAAAAGGUAACAAAUAUAGAGUAAACUGUUAAUGUAAAUGGUGCUCACCUGCAUCUAUGGUUUAUUAUAUGAAAGCUGUCAGUAGAUUUUACAUCUUUGCUAUAAAGCACUGCCAUACUUGUAUUUUAAAGGAAAUUUAGACUUGUUAUGUAUAGCUCAGAUCGAUGACUUUCUUCCUAUUUUGUGUUUCUGUUAGACUUCGCUUUUCUGAGCUGUGUUUUUAACUUAUAGCAAGUCUUUUUAGUCAUCUUUUAUAUACUUUUAGCUCCAUAUUAAAUAAAUAAAUGUUGUUCUGGUUAAGCCUGUAGGACUGGAUGAAUGGGGUUGUGAAACUGAUCUGGCGAGAGGAUGUCUAAAAACCAAAUGAGUGUUGAGAAGCCACUGAAAUGUUGAAAAUAAUAAUAUGAAUAUUAGGAUGGAAAUUUUAAUGAAAUUCCAAUUCUCCCUUUAAUCGUUUGCCAUUAAAGUACAAAAGUAUGAAAAAUCCAUCUUACAGCGGAUCAUGGGAAUGCCAAAAGCUGGUAUUUCAACAGCUCUGGCAAUCCAUUCUCAACCACUUAGCUAGUAGAAUUUCCACACCAUAUUCUCUGAUUCUAGUUAAAAAAACGGAUUCAACUUCUGCCUCAUACGGGAGGGUGGAAAGCUAGCGGAUUUUCUGCAGAAAAUCAAGCUGGCGUAAGGAAGAGUGAAACUGUCGGCUGUUGGUGACAGAGUGUCAUCCACGGUGCUUGUUACUGUUUCGGGGCGUCCCCUGAAGUGAGUCCUUUUCAUUCACAGCAGCGCAGUUGGUUCCAAAUACCCCAGUGUUUGCUGCUGUGAUUUUGUAAAGUCCCCUGAGGAACCGGCACAAGAGGAUUUCCUCGCAUCAUUUCCUGUGUCUGGACAUCACACGGUCAACAACUGGGCUUAUUUCACAGGAAGUAAUUUUAAAAUUUAAACCGAAACCUACCUGGGAUCAUAGUGGCGAUGUGAUUUUAAUGAAUUGUGAAUACCAGUGGUCUGUCUGUCCGGUGCCAGAAAAACCAUGACUUGCAAAAAUGCUUUGCACUCAAAAUGUUUGUACUAUGUUCCUGAUUGUUCAUAGUUUCUGCUUUCUUUUGACUACUUGACUUACAAAUCAUCUGAUGUGACUACUCCAUUGAAAAGCAAAGGUAACUCAUAUUUUAAGUACUUGCUUGUUUUACGUGGCUGUGAUGUAUUCCCACUGUUUUUGAGAAAUAACGAUCAUGGAUAGCAUUCACUGAAAGACAGUGAAAAUAUGACUUACUACAUACAUUGAUUUGUAAAUGUUGCCUUGAACAGGCAUACACGAGCAGCAGUAAUUGCGAUGCACUGAUUUACCUCGAGGUGCAAGAGAACGAAAUCUGUACAUAGUCCAUUGAUACAAUAAAUUCAUAUAAACAGCCCUGCACUUUCUCAGAUGCUCUGGUCUCCAGGGUGGAGCUUCGUGCUGGUGAGACCCUGGCCACAGAGCCACCUCAGGGUGUUCUUUCCUCCACCCAUUUUAUUUAUUUACAGACGUCUGUUUACAAAGACUGUAACACAUCCUCAUGCUGACCAUCUAAAAUUUACUUUCUUUUGAAUGCUAUUUCACUUUAAAAUUGCAGCUUUCAAGACAACAAUGAACUAAGACCUUGCUUAGGAUGAAAGGAUGAUGCUAUGCAUGCUCUAAUGAUGUUAAAGAUGCAGAAUGAGGCACACGGUCUUGCUGAUGGGUGUGUGUACGUGUGAGUGUGUUUGUGUGAAUGACGUCAAUCGCAAAUCCCAAGUCGUUUAAAAAAGCUGUGGCGUAUCAUUGUUCAUAUUUGCCAAGUCUGUAAAAUGUGUAGGACGGCAUUUUGUAGUGUGCUAAUGCGUGUAUUUAUAAAGCUGAUUUCUUUACCACUCAAAAUGAUUAACUUUCGUUUUCUCCAUCUAAAAACAAAUACUUGUUUCUUCCACAUACCUGCAGUUUCUGUGUAUCUAUACUAGUUUUGUAGCUUUUUCCUUUUGCAAAGGCAGGUUCAAAAUUCUGUAAAAGAAAAAAAUGGUCUCUGACACAGAUGUAUGACACCAGAACUUGCAGUUUUUAAAUGAUCAUGUUACGUACAUCAGUUCUGUAAAUGCGCUCAACAGUAUAGCGUGUGAAUCCUGUUUUAAAGUGCUCUGAUUUCAGAUGUGUAAGCCAUUGAUAGAACAUUGUAAUUAAUUCAGAAAUGUUUAAAUUAAAAUAAUUUAAUGUUUUAAACUUAUUUAUGUAGAUCACAUCAUUGCUGUCGUAUGCAGUAGAACUAUGUGAAAUAUCUUUUGGUUUAGUCCAACAAUUAUUUAUUUGUGAGAAGUAAACAUAAGGCUUUAAGGAGAUUCACAAUUUAAAAUAGUGUUCAAAAUUUGGCAAUUUUAAAGUAAAGUUGGUUCUUUUCUAACUUUUUAAAAAGUGUCAAUAAUAGGAAAGCAUAGUUGGAAGUGGAAUCAUCUAUAGAUCAUUUAAAACAUAUAAAUUAACUAGUAUAUACUGACUUCUACAGUUGACUUAGAGUAAUUGUUAAACCCCAGUUGUUUUUUUAAUCAGAUUUUUGUGUGUUGAUUGAUUUUUCUGUUGUGGCUUUUCUUUUGUGACUUUCAUAUUAAAAGUUUUGUGUUUUUUUUGUUUUUGUUUUUGUAGGGGGUUUAUCUUUCAAUGUUUACUAUGUUAAAUUAAAUAGAAAUGGAAUUUUAUUGUUCAUUUAUAAUACAGUAUUUGAUAGCUUGGUAUAAUAAGAACAGUACAGUUCUAAUUUUUAUGACUUUUAUAAUCACAAUGAUAAUAUUUUCUUUUGUAAUAAAAUCCAAAGUAAAUUAAACAUUUAAAAUGUAGAACCAAUAUUUUUCAUUUAUAUGAAGUGCAAAUAUCUACCAAGUCUAUAAUGUGAAUAAUCCUGCUUUUCAAAUCUGUUUCAUAAUAUUGGAAGAAAACUAUUUUUGGGAGAUGUUACUGAAGUCAAAAGAGCAAUAAAAGUCUACUGAAUCCGUC